AUGUCAACGCUUAUUUUUAUCAAGUCAGACAACACGGACAACGCCAACGACGAUGAGUAUGAGUUUGGUAUGAGUAUGAGCUCUGUGAAGACUGCGGUGGAGGGGGACUACGAUUUGGGCAUGUUGUCGCAAGUUCAGUUGGAAAACUCCAAGUGGAGUGGAUCUGAAGUCCUCCACCAGUUCUGGAACCAUCUGAGGAGAGAACGCCGACACCGGACGCUGCUCUACUACCGCCUAAACUCCUGCAGCUGCUGGAUGGAGGAUCUACUGCCUAGUAGCAAUGUCACCACACUGGUCUGGGAUGAUCAGGAGUAUCCACAUUACCUACGGCACCACCAAGACGUGGAUCUAAUUGGAAUGGUAUGUCUAAAGACUUCUCAAUAUGGAGGGGUAAUGAACGCCCUCAAGGUAAUGUUGAAUCAAAUGAGGAAUGUGCCUGUUAUUGUUCAACUGUGUGAAUCAGACGAUGAAGAAAUUUCCGCUGAAAACAUCCUACAAUUAAGUCUGGAGUACUUUAUGAUAAAUGUCCUUAUCCUAUCGAUGGAGUUCUUAAAAUCUAAGAUUUUUUACACCAGCGAUAUUUUUCCAAAGUUCAAACUAAUUAAGAAGGUUUAUCAGACACGGCUUACUCUUUUCCCUCACAAACUGGGAAACCAUGGAGGACAUCCUAUACGCACUAUUCCUGGAAACUCGCAACCGCACACAAUCGUCGCCAAAUCGCCAUCUGGGGAAAUUAUGGUUACUGGUCCCAUUUGGAAGCUGCUUGUGGAAUUUGUCCGAUAUCUGAAUGGAACCAUUCAAUUGGUAUCCGUUCCCCAGAUCGGACAGACUUUAAGAUAUUCUCAGAUUUUAGAUUUGGUGGGGAACAAUACUGUCGACAUUGCCGCCAGUUUGCGUCCUUAUACGACCUUGCAUAGCAACCUGCACAAAUUCAGCUAUCCGGCAAUGGUGGGUAGUUGGUGUACCAUGCUGCCCAUGGAGAGAACGCUGAGUAGCCACGAAGCACUGGGUAGGCUGAUGAAGUCGCCCUGGACGUGGCUUUACUUGCUACUCCUGUAUGGCGUCCACAACCUGUUGGCUCAAAGGAGGCUACUGCAAACUCGCCUGUUUAGUAUCGUGAAACCAAUGACUCACCUGUUUUUGUUUUGCAUCCUGCUGGGUCAGUUUUCGGCCUUAUUCAUUGUGCCCCAGCAGCUUAACCAUAUAACAAAUAUAAGGGAAAUGGAACAAGCGGGUGUUCGGAUCAUGGGCAUACGGACAGAGUUUCCCGAAUAUCCCUUUGAUUUUCGCAGCAGGUAUGCCUCCUCUUUUUUGCUGAAGGACGGGCUUAGCGACGUCGCCACUCACCGCAAUGAAUUCAACACCACGUACGCCUACACAGUGACUUCCAUCAAAUGGAGUUUCUACAAGGAAGCACAAAGUUACUUCCGACAUCCUUUGUUUCGCUACUCAGAGGAUAUUUGUGUGCAGAAGCUGUCACUUUUUGCACUUAUUCUUCGAGAAAACUGCUUAUAUCAGGACCGACUGGGAACGUUUAUACUAAAACUGCAUGCUGCUGGCUUGCUGCGUUUGUGGUAUCGCCAAUCAUUCUUUGAAAUGGUAGAGGCCGGUAGUAUUCGUCUGGAGGAUAAAAGCCAACCCCAUCAGUUCCAGCCGAUUUGUUGGCUGGACUGGCAGUAUGUCCUAAUAAUGUAUGGGGUGGCUCUCUCUGUGUCCCUCGCCGUAUUUUUAAUGGAACUAGCUGUUUAUUAUAUCAAUGUUUGGUUGGACAACUUGUGAGCAGUGGUGGCGGAAAAAAUAAACAAAUAAAAUUUAUUAAUUAUAUUAUAUAUUGAGUGUUUCUCUUACACAAAUU